AUGAUCCGCACAGACUCAGACGAGUAUUUCAUCGAGCCUCUGGAGCGCGGGGCUCAGGAGCUGGAAGAGCAGGGGAGAGUACACGUGCUUUACCGCCGCUCUGCUCUGCUGCGAGACCCUCAGGCAGCAGCCGACCAUCCCCACACAGAGCUGGACGUGGCGAGCUCCGUGGACUCUCUGGCCUCGCAGCUGAACAACCGUCUGCACCAGCGCCGCAGACGGGACGCGGGGGAGAACGACUACAACAUUGAGGUGCUGCUGGGAGUGGACGACUCGGUGGUGCGGUUCCACGGGAAGGAGCACGUGCAGAACUACCUCCUCACACUCAUGAACAUAGUUGGGAUAGUGUUUGUUUGGGUGAGAUGUGAAGGGGAUAGGUUGGGUUGUGUUGGGUUAUGUGGUGGGGGGUUGGUUGGGGUUGGGGGGUGGGGGUGUUGUGGUUGGUGGGGUGUUGUGGGUGGUGGGGGUGUUUGGGGUGGGGUGGGUGAGGUGUGGGGAUUGUGUGGGGGUUGGGUGGUGGAGGGGGUAGGUGGGGGGGGUUGGUGUGGGGGGGGGGGUUGUGUUGGUGUGGGUUGUGGUUGUUGGGGUGUGGGGGUGGGGGGUUGUUGGGGGUUGUGUGUUGGUGGUGUGUGGUUGUGGUUGUGGAGUGGUUAUGGGUGUUGUGGGGUGUUUGGGUGUGGGGGGGUGUUGUGGGGUGUGGUGGUGGGGUGUUGUUGGUGUUUGGGUUGUGUUUGUGGUUGGUGUGUGGUGUUGUUGGGGUGUGGGGGGUUGGUUUGGGGUGUGUGGGUUUGGUGGUGGUGUUGGGGUUGUGUGUGGGUGGUGGUGGGUGGGGGUGGGGUGGGGUGUUGGGUAGUGGUUGUUUGGAGUGUGGUUGGGGGUUGGGUUGGUGGGUGGGGGGUGGUGGUGUGGUGUGUGAGGGGUGUGGUGGGUGUUGGUAUGGUUGUGGGGGGUGUGGGGUGGUGUGGUGUGGGUAGGGGGGGUGGGUGGGGGGGGUUGGUGGUGGGUGGUGGGUUGUAG